AUGGAUACCGAACGAUCCUCAUCGAGCGUUUCAAGCACCUGUCAGAAACAAGACUCACUGUCAUGUAGCGCUCAAAAUGACCCGGAGAAGAGCCCUCUCGAAAAUGACCUGCCGCCCGUUGAUGGCGGUUUCCACGCCUGGAUGUUCCUGGCCGCCUCCACGAUGAUAGAAGCACUGGUGUGGGGGUUCGCGUUCUCAUUCGGUGUUUUUGAAAGCUAUUACCGGGAUAAUGAGCUGCUCAAGGGCUCAAAUAUGGUUGCUGUUAUCGGAACCUGUGCCACGGGAGUCGCAUAUCUGAGCUGUCCCGUGGUCAUCGUAACCAUGAUUCUUCUCCCCCGAUACGCCAGGUGGUUCUCAACAGCAGGCCUGAUCAUCAUGUGUUUAUCACUCGCCCUGGCCUCCUUUUCCACGAGCAUCACGCACCUCGUUCUGUCGCAAGGGAUCGGUUUCGGCAUCGGUGGCUGCAUAGCCUACAGCCCAUCAAUCAUGUUCAUGUCGGAGUGGUUCGAUAAGCGCCGAGGACUCGCCUUUGGAAUGGUCUGGGCAGGCUCCGGUGUCUCCGGCAUCCUAUUCCCACUCGUGUUGGGUAAAUUAUUGAACCGCUUCGGAUUCCAAACAACCCUGCGAGUGUGUUCAGUCCUACUAUUCGUACUCGCCGCCCCAUUCUUAUACUUUCACCGACCGCGGCUCCCGAUUUCGAAAAAGAUAGCUCAUCAUCGUCUGAACGCAAGAUUCCUGCGGGAUCCCGUUUUUCUUAUUUAUCAGGCCUGCAACACGCUUGAGGCUUUUGGAUUCUUCUUACCGGCUAUUUACCUUCCGACUUUUGCGCGCUCGAUUGGCGCGUCCGAGUUGCUUGCUUCGUUGACCGUCACGGCUUUGAAUCUCGCGUCCGUUUUUGGGAGUAUAUCGAUGGGCCAUUUGUCUGAUCGGUGUCAUGCUUUGAAAUGCAUCACCAUCUCGACUGUUGGGACGGUGCUGUCUAUUUUCUUGCUGUGGGGCUUCUCCACUAAUAUCGCAGUGGUGAUGGUGUUUUCGGUUGCGUAUGGAAUAUUCGCUGGGAGUUUCUCAGCGACGUGGUCGGGGAUGAUACGGGAUGUCCAAAAUGUGGAUCGAAGCUCGGAUGCAACUAUCGUGUUCUCAGUUAUUGCGUUUGGACGCGGGAUUGGGAAUGUUGUGAGCGGGCCUUUUAGCGAGUUUUUGCUUCGUGCAGAUAGUUGGAAAGGACAAGCAGGUGGAGCAUAUGGUACUGAGUUUGGGCUUCUCAUUGUUUGUACUGGCCUUACUGCAUUGGCAAGUGGAUUGUGUUUGGUUGCACGAUGCUGUAAAUAUACAUAA